AGGUUUGAUUCGGCAUGCCUGGAAAGCGCGGCGGUCGGCAUUACUCGCGACAUGAUGCUAAGCGGCGACGGGCGAUCGAGAAAAUCCCCUUGGAAGGAUUGGACGCAGACGCUAGAGGUGUAAUCAUAACGUGCAAUUUGCCCAACCGUGUAAAAACCGCCACAAGGGAUAUAAUACGCUUAUUCGAGCUCCAUUGGGCUGCUAUCAACCCCGAUGCUGAUAAGAAGUCUACUACAGAGGAGGGCACAGCGAAUGUUAGUGAAAGCAUUGAGGCCGAGCUGGCUGAGUUGAAGGAAGAGAAGAACAGACUGUUCCGUUUCGGGGGAGACGUUUGCCGAGGAGUGGUAUUCAUUCGUUUUGAGGCCGGUGUCACCAUGAAGCCAUCAGAGUUUGUGCACAGUCUGCUGAAAUCAAAGGACCUCACUGCACCGAGCAAUGUGUGCCGGAUAUCACCAUUGGACAUUGUUCGGGCUCCCAAUCCUGACUCGUUGAAGGUGAUGGGCGAGAAAUUCGUGGCGGAGCAUUUGGGCAAGGAGAGUCAGGGCACCGAGACGUGGAAAAUGGAGAUCAACAGUCGCAAUAUGAGUAACAUGAAGCGGCAGAUGGUGUUGGAUCUGGUCAGCCCUUUUGUUGAUGACGAUAAGCAUGCAGUGUCGAUAGUUGGAGCGGAGUUGACACUCUUAGUUGAGGUGAACCAGUUGUUGUGCGGCAUGAGCCUCUGCCGAGAGUUCGAGUCUUUGAAUAAAUACCAUGUGGGAAAGUGCCUUGGGUAUGGCUCCGAUGAUGAGAAAGAUGACGUUAAUGGUGACGAUAAAGAGUAGCAACGUGUUC